AUGAAUCACUACGAGCUUCUGCUGGGGCUGAGAGCGAUACAGAGCCUCAGUGCAAGUGCUGCUUAUGCCAUCAGCUUCGGCGUUGUCGCUGACGUCUGUGUGCCUAGCGAAAGGGGGAGGAUGCUGGGACCGGUCAGCAUCGCGUUGAACCUCGGCGCUUGUAUCGGCCCGGUCUUGGGCAAUGGCAAAAAGAGAGCAAGCCUACAAAAGUGGGAACGGACCUGGCUCCGCAUCGUAAUGUGGCUCACCACAUUCGAUCUACCGGGGAAACCUGGGAGACGAGCACCAGGAACCGACCAAGGGCUUUCGGAAGGGGGGCUCGAGAAAGAGGAAACGUCGGCCAGUCCAAAAUUGCUCUCACGGCUGCAGGUCGGCAACCCGCUCACUUGCCUGGGGAUUAUUUUCCAUCUCGAUACGUUCUUCGUGCUCUGGAUGCACGGAUCAUUCUACACGGUGGAUUUCUCGCUGGUCGCCGCUUUACCGGACAUAUACAAACAGAUCUAUCACUUCAACGAAUUGCAGAUUGGGCUACGAUUUGAAAGAGUUUCCGGUCAAGCGAGACCGAGCCCGCGGCAGCGGCUGGCUGUUGCUCGUUUCCACGUUCGGCCUCAUUGGAUACGGCUGGGCUGUACAUUAUCAUGUCCACGUAUCAAUCUUGCUGAUAUGCAAUUCAUGCAAGGUUUCUGGGGCACAUGUUUCUACACGAUCUACAAUACGUUCCUGGUCGAUGUGUUUCCGCAAAGUCCGAGCACGGCGGCAGCUGCAAGCAUCACGAGAUGCGCCAUAGCAGCCGCAGGUGUAGCAGUCUUGCAGCCUCAGCUCGACGCCACAGGUAGAGGCUGGUAUUUCACCGUGUUGGGUUUAUGGAGCGGUAGUUUUGGCGGAGCGGUAUUGUGGUGUAUCAAGAAAGAACAAAGGGAUGGAUUGGAGAAAGCGGCGACUGGAUAA